AUGCUAAGAAUACGUAAUGGUGUUAGUUGUGCUAGACUUGUCAAAACGGCUCGUUUGAGCCCAGUUUCACGCAAAAUGGCUACUUUUCAAGGCGAACCUGCUCAAAAAUCCAACUGGCUGGGACGCUUUGUUUUGCGUGCAGGAUUAGCUGUCACUGCAUUUUAUGUUGGUGGUGUGGCUCUUUCUGUCUCUAACGACCAGUUUGGUGAAUUAUUCUGCGAUAACGUCCCGUUGGCCGAAGCAUUAGUCGAAACGUACGAAUCUUAUAGAGACGAGUCCUACCAGGCUUCCCGGAUGUCAUUGGACGAUUUGAAACAAAAAUUCGGUGAGUUGGGCACCAAGACAGACCUCAUUCCAGCGCGUGGCGCCGAUUCUACUUUGACCUCCAACGCAGUUGCCGCACUGCCAACAUCUACCGAAGUCAAAGUUGAAGACGAGUCAUUUGUGAAGUUAAGACUACCGCUGCUUGCCGUAAACAACACCUCAAACCCCAAGUUUGAAGAAUUGACAAAUGGUGUCAACGUGCAAAUCAACAGCAUCAAUGAGCAAUCGUUGAUUUUACCAGAGCCCACUUACAAUGCUGUGACCGAUGCGUAUUCCAAGCUGAAUAGCGCGCUACAGGAAUUGGAACGUGAUUUCCAAACCGAUCUCUCAGGUGGCUUGGCCAAGCGCUACGGUGAAGUCUCGGAAGAGCUACGCUCCAAAUACGAACUUCGGUUAAAAACCCGUGAAGUUGAGCUAACACAACAAUUCUUGAACGAAUUUAAUGUCUUCAAGGCACAACUGGAAACGAGAUCAUCAGAAGAGCUCUCCACAGCCCUAAGGGCCAACGAGCAGGCCCUUUUGGCCAAGCAGGCUAACGAGGUGGCUCUUCUGUCCAUCAAACAGGUCGAAGAGUUCAACAAAAUUUUGUCCGAAAAAUUGGACAAAGAAAGACAAGGCAGACUUGCUAAAUUGGAAGAUCUGGACAACUCUGUUCGCGGUUUAACAGACGCCAUCGACCAAGCCGACUCUCUCGUCAUGAGAAGUGAAGCGGUGAGUCAAUUGACGUUGCUAAUCACGCUACUGAAGGGAAAAUUGCAAUCUGGCUCUGAGCAAAGCUUGAAGCUUGAUACCGAAUUGCAAAGACUAAAGACACUCUGGGAUAUUUUACCAGGAAAGCCUGCCAAAUGCUGCAAGUCCAAAAAUCCUCCUCAGCUACUGGACGUGGUGAUCCCGCAGCUGGAAACCUUGAUCUCGAAGCAGCAAAUUUUGUCCAAUGAGCAACUUGUCAACAGAUGGAAUCUGUUGCAAAAGGACCUCGAAGCAGCAUCGUUGCUGCCUCCCAACGCAGGUAUUUUGGGACACGCUGCUGCCAAAUUUUUCAGCUUUUUCUUGUUCCAAAAGACAGGCGUUUCCCCGGAAAAUGACAUAGACAGCAUAUUGGCUCGUGUGGGCUCGAACCUCACACUUUCGAAACUGGACGAGGCCGUGGAAGAAGUCGUUGCAUUGAAGGGUUGGCCACGCGUGCUGUGUGACGAGUGGAUCCAAGAUGCCAGAAGAAAACUUGAAAUCGAAACUUUAGUUGAUGUUCUCGAUUGUGAGGUUAGAACUCUGUGA